UAUUUGCAACUUAAUCUCUAUUUUUUUAUGGGUUAGCCAAACUUAUUUACGAGGAAGCACAAAGAAAAAACGCAUUCUUUAUCUGGCUCUUCCCCGUCGGACCAUCUCUUCGCCUUGCGAAGCACCCAUUUCACCACCGUCCAUCACACAUCUUCAAGUGAUUGUUGUCGAUAAUCUUGGCAAAAUGAAUAAUUCUUACGAUCAUAGUUCAGCAGAUCGCAACCAUGUUGUCAAAGGAACAGAAGUGUUUGUUGGUGGUCUUGCUCAAUCAUUGACCGAACCCAAAAUUCGCGAGGUCUUUUCCACCUGCGGUGAAAUUGUGGAGGUACGGAUGAUCAAGAACCAAAAUGGCAAUUCCAAGGGGUAUUGCUUUGUUCGUUUUUCAACAAAAGAAGCUGCUAUUAGAGCUGUAAAGGAUAAAAAUGGAAUUACGCUAGAAGGGAGGAGAAUUGGAGUUCUUCCAUCAAUAGAGCAAAAUUCUUUGUUUUUGGGAAAUCUUCCCAAAGGCUGGAGUCCUGAUGAAUUUGACAGAUUGGUUAGGCAGGUUUUUCAGGAUGUGGAUUCUGUAAACCUUGUAAUGCUGUCUAGGGAUAAAGUUACCCUUUCUUCACAAAAGCAUCAAAACCGUGGAUUUGGUUUUGUGCACUUUUCAUCCCAUGCUGCUGCUGCACGUGCAUAUAAGUUGGGCUCCAGAUCAGAUUUUGUUCUUGGUGGUAAGUGUCAUCCGACUGUGAAGUGGGUGGAGGAGGAACCUGAGAUUGAUCCUGAGGAAGUUUCCAAGGUAAAGGUUGCAUUUAUUAGAGACCUUCCUGCUGAUGUGAAUGAAUCAUUUUUGGAGAAGCUCUUUGUACCUUUUGGGGAGAUAGAGAGAGUAGUUCUGUCUAAGAAGGGUCAGUCUCAAGUUGGGUUUGUCCAUUAUGCUAAUAGACAGGGUCUUGAUAAUGCAGUGAGGGAAAUGCAUAAUAGGACAAUCCAGGGGCCAAAAUCAGGUUUAUUUAAGCUCUUGGUUGAAGUUGCAAGACCCUUUGAAAAGAGCAAGAAACGAACCCGUGAAGAAUCAUGUCCGACACCUAUGACUGUGAGCCAAUCCAAGCUCUUGAAAGCUGAAUCUGAUUUUACUUCUACAUCUGGCAAUGUGCUGAAGGUGAUACAGGAACCUGUUGUUGCUGAUCCUUAUGAAGCAGCUGUUGUCUCUCUACCUUCUGUUAUUCAAGAUCGUUUGCUUCGCAUUCUACGACUGGGUAUUGCUAGCCGUUAUGAUAUUGAUAUUCAAUGCCUGAGAAGUCUCAAGGAGAUCCCAGAAUCAGCUGCAAUAUCUGUCCUCGAUCAGUUCCUGUUAUCAGGAGGAGAUGAGAUUGACAAAAGAACAUUUCUUGCUGGACUAAUUACCAAGUAUCAAGUUAGAAGUCUGGGAAAAAGUCAAGUGCCUGAAUAUACAUCAAGAGAAAAUGAUUUUGUCGGUUUAAGAUCUGGCUUGGCUAGAUUACCGAGCCGAAACAAAGGUCCAGUUGUGGACUCGUAUUCUUCUCACAUGGUCACCUCACAGUUGGCAAGACAUUCUCCUGAAUUGUCCUAUUUGCACUAUUCAUUAUCACCUCAAGCUAGCAUUACAAGAACAAUGGAGGAAAGGAACACUUCUGCACACUUCACAAUAAGCUAUGGGCAAAUGGGAGUAAAGUCCCCUGUUAUAGUCGACGCAUCUCCCCAACCUACACAUAACUACGGGCAAAUGGGAAUAAAGUCACCUGUCAUAGUGGAUGCAUCUCCCCUACCUACACGGAACUAUGAGAAAAUACGAGUAAAGUCACCUGUUAUAUUGGAUGCAUCUCCCCAACCUACACGGAACUAUGGGCAAAUGGGAGUAAAGUCUCCCGUCGUAGCAGACGCAUCUCCCCAACCUACACGAACACAAGUUAGAUUUGACCCAUUUACAGGGGAGCCGUACAAAUUUGAUCCCUUCACGGGCGAACCUAUUAAACCAGAAUCUGUUUCUCGUAGCAGUCGAAGUCUCUAUUGAUGCAUUGCUAAUGGAAGCUGUUGAAAGCAAUUCUUGACUCAAUUUUCCAAUGACCAGUCUGAGGACUGUCAGUAUCAAGUGUUGUAUAAUAUACAGAGAUGUAGGUUUUAUAGUCGAGGGGCUAUUGUUUCUCUGAUAAUUUAAAGAAACUAGGCUUAGAAAGAGGAACAUUUUGUUGCCUUUAUCUGUUUUACUAGUAACCGAGUCCUAGCAAGCCCCAUUUACUUCAGCGAAAAUUUGCGUAUUUCGAUUGAAUUAUGAUUAAAUUUUGGUUCUUAAUGAACAAUAUUUCCUGCUUAAAAAUGUAGAAAUUGUUCCGAAUUGUGCCAUUCACUUCUAGAAGGCUAGAUUAUUGCAUAGUUGAUCAAGAAGUCGGCGUAAACCUUGAGACUUGAUAUAACAACUCAAUCUUCCUCUCUUAUUUUGCACCUUUUUAUUUCAAUUUUUUUCUCUAAUUUUGUGUUAUUUUUCUUUUUGGCAGUGAUUUUAC